ACUCUAACGUCGCUCAAAGGUCGUCCAUAAACUAGUCUCACCGCAUCAGCUAUAAUACGAAACUUAAUGAUAUUGAUUAGAUUUCACAAUGUUUAUGUAAAUUUAAUGCAAAUCAUGUGAAAAUAUUAGGGGAAACCUUGAAAGUUUCACUACAUUCAGGGGUUUCGAUUGAAUUUCAGCUUAUUACAAGGAAAACCUCUUAGGCAGAAGAAAUUUUGGUGCUUAUGAUUUCAUUUUCUCAGAAACUUCCGUAAAAUGUCUUAUAGAGCUCCUUCGAAAUCGGUAAAGUUUCCGCUGAUGGGAAGUUAAUUUUACUUUCAAUAUAAGGGAGUUAUAUUUUUAAAAACUGUGUUCGCAUACAUGGGUAUAUGAUUUAUGGAAUGUCUGUUCACAAAUGUUUUCUCCAGCUUCAUUCUCUUAUCUUUAGAAGGGUUUCCGUUUACAUUUUCAAUAUAAGUGCUAUUAAAAGGAAAUAAGAUUAAGGAACUCAGAAAACGUAAGGCAUUCCCUUCUUUUUCUUCACCUCAAGUGAGAUCACACUGUAGUACUUUAGUAAGUACUAGGACUUCGCGGGAACAUGUUAUUAAUAUAAGAAUACUUCACAAUAUUAGCAAAAAUCCAUGUGUUAUGUAAUCACUCUCAAACUCAUACUCCAUGGUUCUAUACCUAGGUGCUUUACAAACUGGCGAACUGUCAGCUCAAUUUCCACUUAUCGUAAAUACUGUCAGUUCGUUCACAUCUGGUGUUCUGUGAGUGAUCAUUUUGGCAGUGUCAUACAUCGACCCCCUUAAAUAGCCUGACAUAUAGACUGUAAAUUUCUGAACAAUAACUCCAUUCAAAGCAAAAACGUCGCUUAUUCCUUUCUGACACUAGCCACCACUAAAGCUUUUGUGAUAAAAGGUAUUGAACUGAUUUACGGUAAGGGGCUUUCAUAAUAACGUUGUUCUUUAUGAAAAUGGGUUGUGAUUCUUAGACUGUCACGAUUAACUAUGUCGUUUACUGGUAGCUUCCCUAGACUUAUUUUUAAUGUAAAAACUGUCAUUCCUUAUUCCCUUACAGUGUUUUUCAAAUAUCACAUUCAUUCAUAAAUACCUAAUAUAAAGAUUCCAUUAACUACUGGAUACAACAUGUAACACGGACUUGGCCAUUGAUGCUGGUUUAGCUCUUAUGGCAUCUUAAUCGUGUAUAUUUGUGUGUGUAUGCAUAUAUUCAUAUACUUAUCAUAAGUAGUUGCAGCUGCAUGUUGGUUAGAAUGUAAUAAAUAGAUGUAGUUUGUCACGAAGUUCUCACUCAGCUUUCCAAAGUAGUGUUUUUGUCAUGCAGACAUUCAGUAAUCCUUUAUAGUAGUAAGAGUUAUAAACGAACUAAGUUUUCUGUAUUAUGGAGUAUUUAGAUGCUAAACUUAGGAAUCACUUACCUGUCAUUCCCGUGCUUAUAUAUUUCACUUCUUUCGAUUAUCGGAAUAGACAGAAUAAAUAUACGUACAGAUCAUGAACAUUUUUAAUGGUUCUUUGAUUGGUGUAAAUUGGUUGUCGACAGAAAAAUCUUUUGAUGUAUUCACUUUGUUCUACAGCUGUGGUACUGUUAUUGUUGUGUUGUAAUAAAUAUUUUUCUCGCAACUUCGUUUCAGGUUUUGUAGAAAGCAGGACGUAGUUAUUAAAGAAAAAUGACAUAUAAAAGCUUGGAAACUAUUUGGCAGCAUUGCCCAAUUACUGCUUUAUCCUAUAUUUCAAAAAGUUUGUUGGCUGUAGGCUCCGCGAACGUAUUGAACAUAUACAACAUACACAAAAAAUCAGUGCUGUGUAAAUAUUUGUUGAGGCGUUUCGUCAUAAUGCACAACAUAGAGACAAUACCAGGUACUUUCUAAUUUAAACCAGUUUCAAUACCAAUAUUUGACCAUAGAUUCCAGACGUAACAGUUAUAUCUUGUGCACUUUUGGAAAUAGAUUUGUCACUGUCCUCGGAUUCGAUCUGUCAUCUUCCAAUUUAUCGUUAAUAUUUGAAGAUUAUCAUUGUGAUAAUGUUGUAUACUGUAAAAUUAACACAAAUGAAUUAUCACUUUACCUACAAACUCUUUCCAGUCAUGGUUUAUUCCAGGUCAUCAAAUUGUCAUGGGAUUUUAAUAAAAAUAGUAAUAACGUUGAUGUCACUUGUGUUCACCUUCAAACGAGUGCUUGGUGAGUGGUCAUAGCUUUCUUGGAACUAUUCUUAUGUUGAUAUUAGUUACACAGGUCAUAUAUUUCAGUACUCAUCUCCAAGCUCUUCAUUAUUGUCUUCACCAGUUGAUAAAGCUUUAGUAUUUUGCGGAUCUACUUUUGGAAAUAUUCAUAUCUUUAAAAUCCCAAACGACAAUGUUACACAAUCUUCUGUGGCUCCGAGCUUAAGUCUGUGCGCACAAAAGGUAAGAUGGAUGAUGUAUACCGGAUUUUUUUACAGUUAAAUCUUCUAAAUUUCGUUGAACCUCACAAUUCUGUCACUAAUAAAAAGGGCGUGAUAUUUUCUCUCGAUUUCUGUUGUUUAGCUAGUGAACAGUCAUCGUCUAAAAAGUCAUUCCGUCUGGUCUCAUGUGCUGAAGAUCGUAGCAUCGCUGUUUGGUCGACUUCAGUCGAGUCAAAUGGAGGUGUGAAGGAUUUCAGCUUUUGGGAAUUAGUGUACAAUUUAAAGGCAGGCAGCAUUUUCGACGACAGUGUAAUAUUUGAAUCUAGGAUAUGGUGUGUUCGUGUCGGUGAUUGGGGAAUAGUAGCCACUGGAGAAGAUUGCCGUGUUGUUUAUUAUCAAUGGAACAAAAUAUCACACCCUAAUGUCUUGCGAAAUAUUCAUCGUGGACAAAAUGUUUGGUGUUGUAGUGUUUGGAGCGACAAUACAGAUAACUCGGAGUUUGUCUUAUUGGCAACUGGUGGGAAUGAUGGUGCCAUAUGUAUUCGCGAACUUACACACUAUCGUAAUGAUUGUGAUGAAUCUGAAUGUAUAAUACUACCAUGCCAUGAAUUCACAACGAAUAACACUAAAGAGUUGAUGAUAGAUUCACAUGAAAUGAAGAUAACAUCUCCGCGUUCCCAGCAGGUCUCUUUCAACUUCAAAGAAAAAGAUUUUGCACGUGUUCUAUUUUUUGGUUCAUGUGGUCGUCUGUUCUACGUAACAAAUUUAGGGCUUAUCUAUACAUAUUUCUAUCUAAAUGACCCAAUCGUUCGACAAGUAUUUCCCAAGAUUCAUCGAAAUUUCGAAGAUGCAAACACUGAAUUUUCGGAAAAACCUAAUCGCUCUAUGGUCUCGUUUUUAGGCGGCUACUUGACGUGUUGUACAAGUUUGGAUCGAUCCCACGUGAUAAUCGGGAAUAUAUCUGGCUAUCUUUUACUGGUUAGGUUACUUGAAGAUUCACCUUUCAUGGAGUGGUUGGACAUCGUUACUAUAAACGAUAAAAUCAUGAAAAUUAUAUGGAUCAAUUCAUCAUAUGUAAUAAUUGGACUAACAAACGGUGAUUCUUUCAUUAUACCUUUAUUAAAAGUUGAAAAUACUCUUUCAUUUGGUAAAACAUUCACUAUUAUUCAAGGAUCAAAUAGUUCAAAAAAUAUGAAAUGGUUAAAUACAUCAUCUGAACUCAUUCCUGUUCAUUUUAAUAACACUGAAAUAAGUGAUAAACAAAUUCUUGUAACUGGUACUCGUGAUGGUGGAAUUUAUUCUUACGUUGUAAAUUUUUUAAUUGAAAGCACUAAAAUGUAUUCACCCGUAUGGUUUUUGAAAUCAUGUCAUAAAUCUGGUGGGUGUACAUCGAUGCUUGUGAUUAAAGGACAGUCAGAUUGUCAUCUCUUAUCGUGUGGUCGAACAUACGGUGAUGUUAAAUACUGGUCUAUUCAAUCAAAUGGUUCAUUAAAUCUGUUGGCAACAAUCUUAAGAUCUGAUCAUAUAACAUGGAUUGAGAAACUGUAUCGGUCAAUUGAUAACAAAAUUUAUGCUUUAGGGUUUCAAUCUAAGUAUUUCAAAGCUAUCUCACUAAAUCACCAGUGUUUACAAGCAGCUAACCAAUUGGAUUGGUCGUUUACCUGUCCAGUACGUCAGGAUGGUUGUUUCGUUGUCGAUUGUGGUGGUGGUAAUCAUUAUUGGGAUUGGUUUUUGCCCAAUGGUACUACUAUAAAGACAAAUAAACUGACUGAUUGUGAAAAUGGCAAUUAUAGUUACAGUGCUGGCAUUGUUGUUGAUAAUAGUGAAUCCAUCGAAAUGAAGAGCAGUUCAUUGUGUCCUGUCUUUGCAAGUAUUAAUAAAGGCAAAGUUGUAAUUCGGUCAGACCCGCAUAAUUGUAUAUUAUCAUACAGAGCAAAUAAUUGUAAUUUCGAACCUAUUUAUUUAAAUCCGUCUCUUCAUGGUCAAACAAUUAACACUUGUUUAUUGCUCAAUAAAAAUGACAUAUUCGGUGUUCAGAAUUAUCUUAAAGGUGAUUCAAAUGAUCAACACAUUGAAUUAUAUUGUUUCGCUGGAGGAGAAGAUACUUUGAUAUCGAGUUGGAAGAUAUCGUUGCCAAUGAUGAGCACUGAUCCAUGUAUAAAUGAACCGAUUUCCAGUUUCCCACAACAUCAUCGUGGUCAUAUAUCGAGUGUUCGUUGCGUAGAUAUACCUUAUAUCCUUAUUAAUAAUAUAAAUUCAACCCAGGAAACUGUUUCUAAACGUUACAUGCUGAGUGCUGGUGGUCGUGGGCAAAUUUGUUUAUGGCGUUUAGUAUCAUCAAAUGAACCUGCGUUAGUAGCAGGCUUCUUAGGUUCCACGAAAAUUCGACAUAAUGAAUACUGUCGGGUUGGCAAUGUUUCUGACGAUAAUGAUACUGUUCAGCAGGAUAAUGGUAGUGAUCACGAUGAUGAUUUGAAAACUGCUAAAUUUAAAAAUGUUAUUGUAUCAAGUGAUAUACGUGUAAUGGCUUUAGAUUGUGUUCAAGUUCCUAGACAAGAAGAUCAACUAGAUGAUAAUAUACUAGUUAUUGCAGGUUGUUCAGAUGGAUAUGUACGAUUGAUUCAUGUUCAACCAUCGUCUGGAAGUAAUAAGGAAUAUCCGAAAUUCUCAGAAAUCGAACGAAUCAAUCCAACGAUAUUACCAACUAACAAAUCAGACAAUCACAUCAGUUGUUGUUUAGAUUUAAAACUUUUGCAAAUCACUUCCUAUCAGAUUUCUUUUGCUAUUUCGAAUUCUCGUGGGGAAUUACAUGGAUGGAUUAUACCAUGGUGUCCUUUGAGAGGUUAUGGUUUUACUGAUAACCACCAAUGUACCAGUGAACCAUAUAUGUAUCAACAAGACAAGGAUAUUGACGGAUUAUUUGGUCUUCGUCUAAACUCUGCCUACCAUUGGAUGCUGAACUGCCAACCAAUUCCACCAUUUCAUAUACAAAACCCAUUGGCUUUUAAUUGUAUAACUUCGCCAACAAUAGAGGUUACUUUAUCUGACAGUAAUACAAUCUCAACGAUUAUUGUAGUUGGUGGGGAUGAUGGUAGUAUUCGUAUUGCACAGAUUCCUUUGGAUAUCUGUCAUUCAUCAAAAUCUAAUGUAACAUAUCCUCAGUGGUCCGCUUCGUGUGUAAAACAUUUCAGUAGUGUUGUGAAAAUUACCACAUGUCCUAAUUUCGAAUUGACCAACGAGUUUUUAUAUUACUUCUUAAGUUUAGCUUCGGAUCAACGAGUGAUUCUAUGGCGUCUAAAUAAAACUUCAUCAUGUGAUUUCCAAUUAAAUGCAACGAAAUAUUUUCUAUUAUGCGGUUUAGGUGAUCCUCAUAGUUUAUCUGUAACCAGUAUAAAUAUUCAAUCUUUAUGUAUUUAUACAAAAGAGUAUAAGAACAAAUGUUUUGUACUUGUUGUUGGUACUGGUGCUCAGUUGAUUCAAGUAUUUUAAAAUAAAAUUUUCAAAAAAUAUUGUACAUGAAGCUAUCAUUUUGUGCAUUAUAUAUUUUCAUAAAUGUUGAAUUUCUUUGUUUGUCCUGUCGUUUCACAAUUUAUCUUUUAUAUCAUC